AUGGCUCACUACUUAUGCGUCCACCAGUCCGGAAUCCACUGCAUUCUUUUGCCCUGGAUUGCGCGUUUAAGCCAAUUGUGCUCUCGGACCUCUGAAGAUACCAGUUUCUCUCCAGCGGGUAAAUUCUUGUUUUCCAUAUGCAACGCUAAUAUUGGAAGAGUUAUUUUAUGGGGUGCGUUGGUUUGGUUAGCAAUGGGAGCGAAGUAAUAGGGGAGCUUAAGCACUAGGCUUUUAGGCAGGACUAUCGUCAGCACAGGUAGCCCUAUGAAGAUCGUCUCUACGAGGUCACGCCGCUUACCUUUUAGACCGAACCGUCUGAGUAUCCAGACUUCUCAGACAAACCGACAGUUCAUUGUGGGUGACUUCAAGGACAGGUUUGAGGCUUCAGUUCCUCUUGUCUAUACUCCAGCAAUAUCAAGUGUGCGCAAACCGUCGCUUCAGAGUUCCUUGAAAAACUGUCCAAAGUUGCCAUCCCCUCAUGUUAUGUCCAUCUAGCAACCAACGCAAGAGCAAGGGGAUACAUUCAGAAUACCCCACCGGGUGAUCGCACACUCUUGUCUGGCACUUCUUUAAACUACAACAAAAAGCAUCAUGACUGCGCUCCGAUGGAGCUGAAAUAAGUUACUAAAGUAGGGAACUAUAGUCACAGAAGCUGAGAUGUCUGUGUGAAACCCAUCAACUAAGCGGUUACUCGCACAAGAAAUGUAGGCGAUAAAGCGGCAGACAUAAGACCAGCCAACGUCGCCACCUUUAAGGCUGUGUAGGUGAGAACUGAUGCAACUGAUUAGAAAAAACAUACGAUGGAUGGUUGACUCUGCCUAUGUUAAAAAUGCACAAUAAAUUCCUUGCCAUAGGAAUUAAAACUGGGGAACCCCGAGGUCAUACGAGCUACCAGACCUGACAGGUGAAAAAACGCCCCAUUGAACCCCGAGAAUUCACUGACAGCAUACAGGCAAAGUACUUGCUAGACUCAUUUGUGGUUGCCCGCAGUCUACAAACCUGAUGGUACACUGUGGAUAGUUAUUAGAGUUCAGCCAGACUUAGCCAGUGAGCUAGCUCAUAGAUUGACUUUUCCGUAGGUCAGCUCAUCAACGUCGCUAACGACCACCUUCAGGUCUGUCCCCCAGGACAAAGCGUUAAGCCUGACGGACGUUCGGUGUGACCGGUACAAAGAGACAAACAACGCGACAAGAGCCGUCAGUUACUGCAGCGAUCCAUCGGUGGUACGCGUGCGGAGUUACUUAAAGUCCAGUUUAAGGGAGAUGAAAAUCCUAACAGUUACCCCGGGAAAACAGCAAAUGGACCCGCCGCUCACCAGUGUUUGCGUUCCCGCCCACCGAGGCAGAAAUGUUCUUUGGCAUGCAUCAGAAAUGUUUGCAUGGUAACGCAACGCAUUUCUGGGAGACUACAUGUCGCCGUGCCCGCCGAUCUGCGGUGCAGCAAAGCCAUUGGGUUCAAAAUGCAUUAAGCGUUGGUGAGCAGUUCGGUCCGCCAAAGUCGUUAUCCCUGUUUCCUCUACUGUUAUGCCGGUCGCACGGAGCAGAGAAUGGAGUUCCGCUUACCAGUGCAUGGAUUGGUUGAGAGAAGGCGGACUCGUGUCUUUGACAUGGCCAUGAGUUGAAUUUCUCCAGCUAACUGCUUGUAGGACAGGCCUAUUGUUUCCCCCACAUUUUGACUGGAAAUACUAGUUUCUACCUAGUUGUGGCUUGUCUGCCCUAUCUGUGUGUCUGUGAACCCGACACUUACAUAAAUGAGCCGUUCGCCCGGUAAGCGGAUAUCUUUCUCCCGUUGCUCUUGUCCACUUAUUUCUUGCAUUAGGCACGAACGCUUAAUUGUUUUGACAAAAUAUAUGCAUGAGACGAAAGGGUUUACUUUUCAACUGCCAGUUAGGACUGGUGAGGCCCUUUUCCCCUUCCCAACCCUCCUGGAAGUACAAACCAGUCUAAGCACCUUCGCGUUUUCUGAAAGGCUACGGGAUUUUGCAUCUCGCGCAGCGUUCUAUUAUUUUUGAUACGGAUGGGGUGCAUACAAAUGGUAAGGUUACCGAAAUUGGAUGUCAUAACCUUGAAGGGAUGGAGGGCUGAAUCUUUUCUGUUCACUCUGAUGAUAUUGCUAUUAUUACCGUCAAUUUUAGAAAUUAACGUGCCAUGGAAAGGCAGAUAUUAGUCCUUGCCCUUGCGGACGGUGUUUUGGAUGAGAAGCAUUCAGUUUCGGACUUUUUUCACAAGUUGUCGGCUUAUCUCUUAGUGCAUUAUGUCUUUUAAUCAUGUGAUUUGUAGUGCGAUGUUACUCUUUCGCACCGAACUUCACCAGUGUGCCCCUGCGUUAAACUUUUUCAAGAUCUGGCUCCGCUUCCCGGUGACCACGGCUGCAGUGCUGAGCACCUCCUUUUGACGCAUUUGGGCUCCGAAGACUUGGAGGAAACCGCACUUCAGGGUUUUUCGCGGUCUGUGAUUGGCAUUAUUCCUCCUCAGACUCCCAUAUCAGACACCUCCGCAAACCGAAGUGGCGCCUUAGGAGGGUCUGAGAAAGUUGAAGAGGCAGAGGACAAUUCUCUUCUCGUGCUAUUUUCUUCAAGGCCGCACGUUGUCAAGAUCGUGCUGCCACCGUCGCUGUCUUUCAACUCUCGACCUCACUCCGUGCCGCAGCAAUCACUCCCCGGUGGAGAUUCGCCUGAUGUCUCGGUGCCUGAGACACCUCUUGUCACCUCGGUCUCAUUGUCCUCCAGGUAUGUCUCAUCACAACUGCCUGACUAACGCCGAAUGGCAUAGGUCUCGCCCCCCCUCACCAUUCUUGCUUCACGUACUAGCUCAUGUUGAAAUUUUUUCUCGUUUUGUUUGCCCCUCCGUCUUCCUCAGAGCGACAGAGUCGGAUUUCUUCCGAAGUUGUCGCCGCGUACUUUCCAACUACAGCAUACGCCUGCCCGUGCUCUCCACUGACCUCAAGGAAGACGUCUUCUCAGAAGCUGAAUUUAUUCGCUUCUUUGUAAAGGUUAGUUGCUAGCUGCUAUGUCUGGCCUCUGCGCAUUACGUCCAUUUUCCUGUCCUGUAGUUCACUUUCUUUCACAAUCGCGGUUUUAAUGAAUGUAUAAGAGUUUCUCUUCGUGACGUUCUCUUUGGUUAUAGCUUUUUUGUUCACCCGGGGGUUUCUUUUUGCCGGGAGUAUUAGUCAACAUACACUGAAGACUCGAAAGCAUGUUAUCGACAAACAGUGGUUUGCCGACAAUCAAGAAAAAGCCACGAUUUUAACAGGUCUAUUAAUUUUUCCUCUCUGCAUAUUACACUUAACCUUGAUAUUCGGCAAGUAUAUCUAACCACCGAUUCCUUAUUAAUCUCAACUUUGUCAUUUGUUGGUUUCUGUCAAAAAGAUGUACGUUUACGACAGUUCAUGUCAUCCUCAACCUCCCCCCCCCCUCUAUCUCCAUCGUUACUGGCAUUUUCUUCUACAAAGAACUUGUGGUGGUCUAAUUGUUCUGGUGUUGCCUCUUUCCCCUUGCCCAGACGAUAAGCUGUCUGCGCUCCUCUCGGUUGGGUCGGCUUUCCAGCUUGUGCGCCUCCGUAUACCAGUUUGCCGAACACGCGGAGGGCCAGUUAGCUGCGCAGUAUGAAGCUGUCAGUUACCUUGCGCAGGAACGCGACCAACUGCAGAGGAAGGCCGUUUCCCUGACCGAGCGCCAUUCUCGGAUCCUUGAACGGCAGGAGGCCCUGAAUCAUCGCCUUUCAGAAUUGACUCGACGCAUUUAUAGUGAGUGUACACUUUUUCUUCCACCACUCACCUUUUAUCAUCGAUUUCCCGAAAGCUAGAUUGCGUCCCAUUUCUACACUGCAGGAUUACACACCUUGUGCGGCUUAUUCAGUACAGUUUGGAACUGGAGUCAGUAGAGGAUGUGGAAAAGUAGCAACCACCCAAUCCGCUGGUUUCCCGAAAUCUUAGCUGAUUCAUCUGUGAGCUAUCACAGCCGUGUCCGUCGGCUUUGCGACAUAGUAAUAUUCCAGUCGUAGUUGGCAAAGUGUUUUCACCUGUUUGAGCCUACAAUUGUCGACGAUUUAACGACACAGUAAUCCCUCUCUGUAUUCCGCUUCGACUACGAUUUCACGUUAUCCCAGAUCUUAUAUGCAAUCAGCGUCGCUGAUUUCUCGGGUCAGUUGGUCCUUGAUUUCUGGUACAUGCUUCCUCAGUUGUUUUGCCCAGUUGGUUUCAUACACGGGGUGCUACUGGCGGACGGCUGAGAGGCUACUCAAUCAGUGCACGCGGUUAAGUGUCCUAGUUCCAACGAAUCUUACAUAAUAUAUAAGGGGAUAUCGAGGGUUUGUGCUGCAUGACUGUGUGAGAAAUGUUUGAAAAAUGUGAGAGGGUUUAUAAGUCCCUGAAAUAUAUGAAAACAACCAUGAAAACAUUGUUUUUACAUUGCGGAUUUUCACUUUCCACGGAUGUUUCUGGAGGGCUGCCUUCUCGAUCGAGGACGGAUCACUGUACAAUCAUUUGCACCGGCCCCACCUGCUCGGCGUUCACCUAAACCAACGCCGCCCUCAUAGAAAUAGAGUUCUGUGCAUGUAGGAACUUUGUUUUAAAAAUAUGGCAGGAUGGUUUCCGACAAUAAUAGACUCUUCGUGUAAGCCUGGAAAAAAGUGACUGAAACAGCUGCCGACAUCUCAGACGUGGAGCACGCGACGGAGACUGGUGACCUGUCCAGAACUGCAUCACGGUGAAUGUUUCCUGACUGGAUGUGUUCUCAUUUUACAGCUUAUUGCCCAAUAAAGUCACAGAUUUCUGGACGUUAUAGACUCAACCGCGCGUCCGACUUUUUAGUUUAAGAAGCAGAAUAUUGGGAUAUUGUGGUAGUUUUAGUGCACCUAAGCCUUCUAUAACGACCCAGCGGCGCCACGUUGUAGGCAGCCGGCGUAUCAUUUCAAGAGCAUUAUGAUUUUUUUAAAAUUUCCUUUCUCACUUUUAUUUCUGCCUCUUCGUUAUUGAUCUCUUACAAUGUUCUCCACAGGAUUUAUAGUUCGUAGUUAGACCAGACUGAAGUUUUUGAAAUACAACUUGCAGUUUUGGAGGUCUGUACCGUCUUAGAUCGCGUUUCAUACACGGUCCUGGAGCCAUCAAUGUUUGCUCGGAAUCCCGUCUGCUUGCUCCUUCAACGAGCCCAAGGAUUUGGGGCUUUAUGCUCAGAACAGUUUAGUCCUUGCGCCCAUCCUUUGCUCUGUCCCGUCAGUAGGCAACACAUUACAUCCUAUUCCAUCAAAUCGAUAUCCAAACUUUGUCAAAAACGUUACAUUAGUAAUUAAUGCAUUUUUCCCCCACAGGCAUCGAGGCUGGACUCACGAGCGCAGAAGCACAAAUGCGUCUGGAAGUGCAGAGUCUGCGUGAUCGUCUGAAGUCCGGCCUUCUGGGCUGGUAUGAAAGUAUGCAGUUGCAGUACAAUCACCUGACUGUCCUAGUGGAGAAGGCACAGACCUCUGGCGCUUCCGGUCGUUUUGGACGCCUGACAGGCAAUGUUGGUGUAGCGUUCCCAGCUGCUCCUGCCUCCCCAAGACGAUCCGCUGUUUCAGACGAUCUUACCCAGGUCCAGCUUAAAAACAUUACCGCAGCUUUGAAGGAAGAAGGAUCAGAAAUUGAUUCAUUGAUUAAGGCCGUGGAAAGGUUGAAUACAUUAACAGUUGAUUUGCGAUGA